UGCAUUACCCACAAGCCUCAGCGCGCCUUCAUCAGCAACAGCUAGGAUGUUGCGAUAUCGCUGGCAGCCAGAGAAUGCUGUGGUUGCACAGAUUGGCACAAAUGACUUAAAUAUACCUCUUUAAUGUGUGGCAUUUUUAAGAGAGGGGUCGCAUUUUGAGCGACAUUCGAAACAAAACGUUGGCAAGAGGUGGAUACGGUGGUGGUUUUGCGUUGACGUAAACGGCUGGAUAGCGGGCUACUGCAUUCAGCUAAGUAAAAAAAAAAUCAGUUUUAUUGUCAGCUGAUGUGAUUAAAUGGCGAAAGGCGCUGCUAUGUGGCAUACAGCGGGCACAGCACUCGACUGAGGAUGGGAAUAAUCGUCGAGGGAGGCUGUUUUACAUUCGGACACAUCGCAGUCCAAGACAUGAUCGUCAAGAGGAUAACCUGGAUAACCUUACACGAAAUGUCAUAGCGUGUAAGUGGCUAGCAUUGAAGCUAGCUGGUUGCAAAGCUAGUACGCCAAUGUUGUCGUUAGCUGUCAGUCUGUCUAGUGUAAACACACAGCUAAAAGGUGCAUAGCUGCAAGAAAUUACCCAGAGAUGCAAUAGCCUCAUGCUGGUGUAAUUCACUUACAUAACAGCUACAGCUCUGACCAUCACCAAUGGGAAAUUUGCCACACAUCAAAAUCUUCAUCGGCAUCAUUAUAACUGAUUUUGGAUGCUGCAAAUAAGCCUGCGUUGUACACAGCAUCUUUACUGUCUGUGAUUGAAGCCGCAUUUUUUUUGUAAUUUUUUAUUUUUUGGUGGGGACAUACUAUGAGGAAGUUUUUUGACUCCCGUCGGGAGUUGGUCAGCUCUGGGCCAGGUUCUGGAGGUGGCGGCGGCAGCUCUGGAUCCAGUCAUGCAGGAGGGAAUUUCAUUGGAAGAAACUUCACUGUCGGCAAGCACCAAGUCACCGUGGAGGAGAUCAUUGCUGAAGGCGGCUUUGCAAUUGUGUUCCUUGUGCGGACAAACCAGGGCGUGCGCUGUGCCCUGAAGAGGAUGUAUGUCAACAACGAGCACGAUCUGCAGGUGUGCAAGUGCGAGAUUCAAAUAAUGAAAGACCUUGUCGGGCACAAGAACAUUGUGGGUUAUCUGGACUCCAGCAUCACGGCCAUGGGAUCCAGGGAUGUGUGGGAGGUUUUCAUACUGAUGGACUACUGCAAGGGAGGCCAGGUUGUUAAUUUGAUGAAUCAAAGGCUGCAGACCGGCUUCACAGAAGCGGAGGUGCUACAGAUCUUCUGUGACACCUGUGACGCCGUGUCUCGCUUGCACCAGCGCAAGAUGCCCAUCGUCCACAGGGACCUAAAGGUGGAAAACAUCCUCCUGCACGACAAGGGUCAUUAUGUACUGUGUGACUUUGGCAGCGCCACUAACAAGUCCCUGAGUCCACAAACAGAAGGCGUCGCCGCUGUGGAGGAAGAGAUUAAAAAGUACACUACUCUGUCAUAUCGUGCACCUGAGAUGGUGAACCUCUAUAACAACAAGAUCAUCACCACCAAAGCAGACAUCUGGGCGCUGGGCUGUUUGCUGUACAAGUUGUGCUUCUUCACUCUGCCCUUUGGUGAAAGCCAGGUGGCCAUUUGCGACGGCAGUUUCACCAUUCCGGACAACUCCCGCUACUCUUACGAUCUCCACUGCCUCAUCCGCUACAUGUUGGAGCCAGACCCAGACAAAAGGCCAGACAUCUACCAGGUGUCCUACUUUGCCUUUAAACUGGCACAGCGGACUUGCCCUGUUCAGAAUGCGAAGAAUUCGAUGAUUCCCUCCAAACUUCCCGAGCCAAUCAAAGCGAGCGAAGCUGCAGCGGCCAAGAAGAGCCAGACCAAGCCCAGACUGACCGAUCCCAUCCCCACCACGGAAACCUCCAUCACCCCUCGCCAGAGGCCCAAAGCGGCUCAUACCCAGCCGACUGCUGGCAUCCUCCCCAUCCAACCUGCUGCCCUUACCCCUCGCAAGCGAGCUAAUCUCGCCGGUGGGGCAACUCAGCCUGUCGGAGUCAGCUUAGACCUUUCACAGCCAGCUGCAGCUCUGCAGUCACAGAAGGUGCAGACAUCCACUCUGCCCCUCAUCCAGUCACAAAACAACGCAAGUCCAGCUGUAGCUGCACAAAAGCAGCUUGCUUCAGGAGCAGAAGCUAUGGCAGCCACAGUCACGCACGUGUCUAAGCCAGAUGUCCAACCACAGGCUCAGUCGCAGCCUUCCACAGCUCAGCAACAGGCCCCACCUCCCUCUGCGACCAGCACCACCCCCCAGCCGGUGACACAGACUCCGUCCAGCCCAGCCGCACCUCAGCGUCCUGCUCGACGCAAGCCGCCCGCCCAGGCUCAACAGCCUGCCGCUCAGCCAUCGCCAAACAAAUCAGCCCCCACUCAGCCAUCAGUGGGCGAGCAGCAACAGCAGAGUCAGCCAUCGGUUGUCCAGGCUCAGUCAGCUUCUACUGAAAUCAGCCAAAAAGCAGCUGAGACGACCCCACCUGCUUCCCCAAAGAUGGUUGAGGUGCAGAGCCAUAAACGCGUCCCAAGUGAUGCCACAGCGAGCACCACCAAUGGAGGCCUAGUGGCUAACUCCUCACAGGGAGCAGAGGCAGACAUCGUCCAAACUCAAACUGGCUCCACCCAGCCCGCUCAGGACCAAAGCAAAGGCUCUGAUACCUCCACGGCGCCCACAUGGAACCCAUUCGACGACGAGGGCUUCUCCAACUUCACAGCAGAGGAAGUCAAACCAGAGGAUGCAAAGCCUGCUGACCCGCCCUCAGAAUGUGAGACCCCAUGUGAAGAAUUGAUACCGGGCUUACAGACCUCGGCUGGGGAGACCACACUGCAAGACACUCACGCUGAAAGCCCGUCAGCCAUUGUUGAUGCUGCUGAUUCAGGAGCGUCGCUCUUAGUAGUCCCCGAUCCAUUUCACACCCUUGAACUGUCCAACGCAUCCGAGAAGCUGAUUGAAGGUCUAAAAUCUCCAGACGUGUCUUCACUCCUACUCCCCGACCUGCUGUCUUUGUCCGAUCCGUUUGGUGGCUCUGUGGAGGAGUCUGCAAAAGACCCCAUCACUGCAGACUCCUCUUUGUUGGGCUGCUCUCUGAUCUCAGGCCCGUCUGCUGCUCCGGCAGCCGCGAGCAGCACUGCUUCCUCAGUGUUAUCAGCCGCCGCCGCUUUGGAUGAUUUCAGUCUGCUGUCUGGAGACUCUGCACAGGCCAAAACAUCAGAUUCGUCUCUCCUCAUCUCAGACUUUGAGCCCCCUCAGCAAGCAAAUGCUGAGGCGGCCACCGAGGACGAGUUUGAUCCCAUCCCGGUGACCGGACGUAAGAACUCCCAAGUUUCAGGAGGCCACUCGCGCAGUAACAGUGGCGGCUCUGAAUCCAGCCUGCCCAACUUGGCUCGCUCCCUUCUGCUGGUGGACCAGCUCAUCGACUUGUAGGCCGCACCUCCCCUCCUCUCUCCUCUGUAGAAGCUGUAACACUGGAUUAGAGAGCGGCAUAGCAUAACACAACAGCAAUCAUGUGAUAGGUCAUUCACGACUGCCACCUUCAUUCAUGUCACCGUUCUUGGCCAUGCACUCCUUUUCCAUUCCUACUCCUCCUUAUCAUCACCUGACUCCUCUCAUCUCUUCCCAUUUCCUCUCAUUGUCCGACAGCUAAUAUCAAGCGUAAACUGUUGACUAUUACAGGAUGUAUGAUGCAAACAAUAGGCGAUCAUUGUUGUCAUGUACAAUACAGUAGAUACAAUUAGUAAUAAUAAGUGGUUGUAGUUCAUUGUGCACAAGUGAAUUUGUCGUCGUUUGCCUUGGUCAAAUUCCCCUCCCCCUUGAUUUUAUUUGCACAUGUUUAAGUUCGAAUUGAAGGUAAAGUUCAUAUUUCUUAAAACAGCAUACAUAUCCAGGCCAAAAGAGGGAAGCUGAGAGUUUUGUUCAAUCAGUUCCAUUAAAUGUGAUUUUUGUUCCCCUGAUUGAAAUCACAAAGCAAUGAAGUGUAGUAUUAUCUGAUAGUACAAGGGGACUGAAUUGUUCCAAACACAUGCCUUGUUCUGCACCUUAGCUUGUCUCGCAAGCGUCCAAACAAACAAAAAAUUAUAACAUUACAUUGUAUAAGCGUCUGGAGGCUUUACCCUUAACACGGUUUGUAUAUUAGCCUAGCCACAUAUCCUGCUUUAGCUACGUUACUGUGGGGAAGAAAACACAGUUGUCCUCGUGCCAUGAAAUAAAUAACAUGUGAAACAAAGCUACUGUACGACACCGAAACAAGGUCCAACUGUUCUAUUUUCUGCUAUUAAUAUCUUGUGUUUUAAGGUAGUUCUAAAGGGCAAAGCAGGUCAUGUAAUAGCCGUUAGCAGUGUGCCAUAUCAAUUAGGAAAAGAGCAUGAAAUCGAGUUUCAGAAUAGUGUUUCAGCUUAUGCACCAAUAGAAUCAUAAUCAUAAUAGAACAGUAGAUAUUAAAUACGAUGGAAUAAUAUUUUUAUUAUUAUUAUGUAUUAUAAUUAAUGUGUUCUUGUGAGAAUUUAGUAGGAAAACAUACAAAAAAGUUAUAUUAAUAUUAUAAGUGGACAUUUUUUUUCUUUAUAUCUACAAACAUGGCUGACAUGUUGUGCUAAAAAUGCAAUAUCUUGUCCUGAAAAUGGCAAAUUUAACCAUAAUUCUAGGGCUUUUGGAUUUAUUGUCUGUAGCAAUGGUUCUCAAACGUUUUCCACCAAGUACCACCUCAAAAAUAUUUAGCUUUGCAGAGUGUUUUUUUUUUCCAUUUCAAUUCCAUUUGAGCAAAUCUCUGGUUAAUAGACAAUUAUUUCAUAUCUAGUCUUAAAUAUAUAUAUUGAAUCGGUGGUGUGCUUGAGUACCACUAGAUGGCGCCAGCGUAACACCAGUGGUACUCAUACCACAGUUUGAGAAUCAAUGAAUUAUAGGAUUUAUAGUUUAUUUGUAUCAUCUGUGCUGUGCAUCUUAUUACUCUCAACAUUUCACCAUUCAGAAAAUGAUAGCACCUUCAAUUUGGACACUUUUUGCGAUAAGGUAAUGUGCUAGUUAGCGCUACUGCACUACCUGUAUUGAAUCCAGUUUUAUGGUGUGUUACAACUAAUAUAGCAGAGAGAAAAAACAUAGUGGUUGUAUGCUGACACCUGUUUUGGAUUUUCCAUAAGUCUGAUUUCAUGGAAAAAAUGUACCAAACGUGUGCGUUGUGCUUUUUGCACUUGAAUGCUACUAAAUUCUCACAACACCAGCCUGGGUAUCCAACAUUUAAUAUCAUCCAUUCCCAUUUGCUUUAACCCAUUCCACAAAUUCCCGACAUUCCUCCCCAUUAGUGUAAAUACCGUCGACACCCUCCACUCUGUCCCUCCCCUGUAAAUAAUGAGGUCCCAUGUCAUAUAGCUUUACUUGUGGAUAUUAUACAUACAUAUGAUAUAUACAGUAUAUAUAUGACUUUGUUUCCUUGUCCAUAAAUGUUAAUAUGAAUAGAGUGUUAGAGAAUGAAUGUAAGAAAUGAAUAUUAGUCCAAAUAUCUAUAAUGAUGUAUAUCCAUCGGAUAAUAUUGAAAGAAUAUAUCGAUAUUUCAUUCCUCUUUGUGGGAUUAUGUGUUGAAAAAAAAGUUGUUUUUGUUUUGUUGUUUUUUUCCCUUCGUCGGUACUUUGAUAAGACCGCCUGUUGGUUUUUGACAGCUUAUUGGAUAAAUAGUGUGGAGUGUAUUGAAUGAAUUGGAGGGUGCUGAUGGCGAAUUGGCCCGAAAUAUGUGUGGAUCACCUCAAAAAAACAACAAACAAAUGCAGCAGAGCGAAUUAUUUUUUUUCUAUGACGUAACAAAACAAUCUCAUAGUGAUCGGCCAUCAUACAGUAAUCUUCCUUGGUAACACUUUUCCAUGAAUACUGAAGCCUGAAGUGAAAACCACAGCAGUGCUCGCCACAAGCACCGCCAUUAAGUUUUAGAGUUGAAAACCCACUUUGGCAUUGAAAAAGAUGCCACUGAUGAAUAUCCUUUCUAAUGUGCUCCCUUCUCCAAGCCUUUCCUAGCCCCCCCCCACCCCCCCCACCCCCCACAUGCCAAAUGACUGCCGUCAAGUUGAAAGUCGAAAAAAGAAAAUUGAAUGUCUAUUUGAGCCUUCUCCUUCUCCAUGUCUCAGCAGCGACUCUUAGUUUGUUUUAGGUUUUAUUUUUAUUUUUUAUACUUUUGAUCCGAUCCCGAUACUUGAAUCUGGAUCUCUGCCGAUAUUGAUAGAAAUCCUAAAACAGAGCUCUGUUUGCUUUUAUAUGCAACCACGCCAAAAGAAUAUCAGAGAAUGUAGCUAGAAGAAUAUCAUCAAAACAUACAGUAGCUGUGUCCACACCUGCACUGCUGCACGCACACACAAAUAACUUUUAGGUGACGACAUUAACAUCGUUGAUUUUAUAUGAAGCUGUAAUAAACUCCUCAACAUGCAAGUAUGAUAUUGUAGAUGUCCGACUAUUUUGUGUGGCAUCAGCAACGCAUCAGUCGGAGCACUUGAGUGUUUGCGUGAGUGAGGAGGACGGCUGCAGUGCAUGUGCGGAGACAGCUACAGUCGCUGAUAUUCUUCUACCUUCUGUUUGCUGACAACAGUAAAGCACAGACAUGGCUCAUGGAUCGGCUAUCUCCAGAGGCGGUAUCGGCAAUUUUCCGAUAUGCGGGUUACGCUGGUAUCGGAACCCGGCACCGAUACCAGAUGGGAUCGGCCCCAUCCAUAGUUUCUUCACUUCCUGUCUUUAAGCAGGAAGUUGACGCUGAAAAAAAUAAAACACUGUCACUGAAGAAAAGGUGGGCAUGAAAGGGAAAAUCUGAAGGCUGACGCUGAAAAGCACAGCACAAUAUUAAAACAAAUACUCCAAUGAUUAGUUCUUCAUACCCCCGUUUUUUUUUUUACAGUGAAGUACUGAAGCUUAAUGGCAGUGCUCCGGCUCUCUGUCCAAUGCUAUUUGUGGAAGUGAGCAAAAGGCACACUCAUUUUCCAUGAAGAUGCAACGCUCUGUCGUGGGGAUUUCAGACUUUAAUUCAUGAAAAACAUCCGUUUACUACACUUUCGUUUCCUUCUGGUUUUCCAUAAGGACAGUGAUUUUUGACAAAACCCGACGUGACAUCAGCACCCCGAUGGUGAUUUAAAGUCAUGCAGGGCAGGUGUGAUAUGUUUUAUCUUAGCCGAGACGAGACGCUCCACUUCCUCCCUUUGUACAAACUUGAAAGUGUUUUCGUGCGUUUACAUGGACUGAUAUGAAGGACUAUAUUUUUAUUCCAAAAGGUUUUUCUUGCCAGUGUGUUGGUUUGUGUCAUUUCCCCUGCCGUCGUACUGUAUAUGCCGCUGGGGCUUUGUAAAGCUUUUAUUUCUGCUUUACGGAUAUGCCACACAGUUCUCAUGGAAAAGCAUGACGGUGUCCUUGGUUGUUUGUGUAGGUGUCUUUAGUGUGUAUGAAUGUAAAUGAAUGUCUGAAUUGUGCGGUGUGUAUUCCAGUAAAUCCUGAUGUGGUGUUGUUUUUGCUGCAAAACGUGGGCGGCGGCGGCGACUCCUGAAAGCACAGCGUUGUCUCAGGUUGGAGCUACUCUGAGAAUCACACAGCUUUGUUUCCUCCAUCGCCCGCUUGAUGCUAAUAAUAAUAAUGAAGUACAAGGCAAGGUGAUAGCACCCGUUAGCAUCCAUAAUCAGCGAUAUAAAACUUUUUUUUUGUUGGUUAUUAGCGAUACGGGACCCCUUCUAAAAUAGCGUUAACCUUGUGAAGAAAAAAAAAAGUUCCCAACAUGAAAUGCAUCAACAGCAGACACCUCGGUUGUUGUAGUUCUGUUUUUGUCCCGUAUUCUGAACAGUUGAGUCGUUUGCAGUUUGAA